AUGGGACCAGAUGGCAUCCCUGUUUGGGUUCUUAAAGAAAACGCGGAUAUUUUACCUCAACCCAUUGCGGACAUUAUAAAUAAAUCAUACAGCGAGACACAUCUCCCAUUAUCCUGGAAGUCCGCUGAUAUUGUAUCUAUCCCGAAGGAAAAACCAGUGCGUGACGUAAAUGACUAUGUUGUGUACUGUUUUGUCAAACCAGCUGUACUUAAAAAAGAAGAUCCCAAUCAGUACGGAACGAUUCCUAAUUCAAGCACCAUGCCCUC